AUGGAACUUUCAAGUUCAAAAGGCAAUGAAAAAAAGAAAGUUGAGGGUCUACAUGGUAACAGUGCAAUCUGGGCCAGUCUCAUCGCAAUUUGCGGCAUUGUUCUGAUCGUUGUUGUUGGAGCAGGACUCUAUUUACGGAAACGAGAACAGAAAAAGGCAAGUCAGUUUGGCGGGCGAGGGAAACACUUGACCCAAUAGAAGAAGAGUUGACUCAGAACCUGCAGAUUGAGCCACCGAGGGAGACACUUGACUCUUUAGGUAUAAAUUUUUGCCAGCUGGAGGGUCAGUUGACUCAAAAAAUUAGACUUGACCUAUGAGGAAAACACUUGAACCCAAGUUUGGAAAUUUGACCCAUAAGAUAAAAACUUGGUUCUGAAGGAAAAAAUAAUCUUAUUUACGGGAGACUAGACCAAAAAUGACCAACUUGUUAUGAACGAGACACGAAAACGGUGCACUAGCGAUAAAGAGAAACAAUUGACACAUACCUAAAAAAAUAAAUCUACUUCGUUUCAGAAACGUGCUAACAAAGAAGCAGCCACGGUCAGUGAGAUGUCUUCGGUAUCCAAUGUCUCUUACGAAUCGGUAUUCUCAAUUGAAAGUGAAUCGAAGUCCAGCAACCCACUGAAUCCGGAAAAUACAGAGCAAAAGUUUUCAAACAUAGAAAGUUUAAAUAAGGAAUCUGCGAGAUGA